AUAUAUAAAGGCACGGUUGACAAAGUUUGUCUUAAAAGCGUAUUAAGCCAAAACGCGAGCCGUGGAAGUACAAAUUCGGUCGACUUUUUCCGAUUCCGGCUCAUCGUUCCGGCGGUCACGGCAAAGGCGACGAAGCGAGAAGAAGGGGAGAGCGAAUCAAGAGGCCUCCCGUCGGCCAUUUCUCUCAAAUUUCUUCGUGAGUAGCGGUAAAGUGAAGAGUCUAAAUUAUUAUCCUUCUCCCCUUUCUGGGAUUUCUUGCAUCUGUCGGAUUUUAGUUUAAACGGGGAAUGGAAAAUGAAAAGAAGAAGAGAAAAAACAAGAAAAAGAAAAACAAGCAGAUUAGAACCUCAGAAGAUGACACAAUUGCUUCAGAAUCGACUUCUGUGGACGAUACUCACACAACAAAUGGACAGAAUGAUCAAAAUCCAAUUUCUGGUACAGUAGAUCCUUCGUAUCAGCAGAGCAGGGGAACAAAAGAUGCCGUUUCUGAAGAGACAAACGAGCAUUUGAGGAAGGAAAGCCUUUUGCUUGCACAUGACAAGGCUAAGCUGGAGGAUACAAUUAAACGCUUACAUGAGGAAAACAACGUACAUAUGCAAAAAUUGGCUGACCUAGAGUUGAAGCUUGUAGAAUUUGAGGGGGAAAAGCACUCAUGGCUUCGAAAAGAGGAAACGUUAGUGGAUAAAAUUAGAAGGUUACAAGAGGACAAAACUGCUUUGGAUUUAGAAGGGGCCAGGUUAUUGCACACAAUUGAGCAACUAGAGAGAGAUAAAGCUUCAUUGAUUUUUAAUGAGAAUUCAAGCACGGAGAUGAUUGUGGAUAAGAACAAGGACAUCUCUAGGUUACAGGCGCAGGUUGUGGCGUUGGAAGAACAAAGGCGUGAUCUGUUGCAAGAAAACAAACAACUGACGGAAAAUGUUGCUGAUUACCAGUCAAAAAUCACGAUCCUUGAGAGGAAAAUCUCUUCCACUCACACUCACUCUUCAGAUCGAGUCACAAAGGAGAUGUUGAGUUCACAAGUGGAUGCAGCUCGUAUUCUGGUUGAUAAAUUGAUUACAGAAAAUGCAGAGCUUAUUGGGAAGGUGAAUGAGUUAUAUGUUGAGCUUCAAAGGGUUACAAAGGCUGAGGUAAAUUCAGGCAUGGAGCCUGACCAGAUGGUUGAAGCUACUACCAACACUGCUACUUUCAACGAACCUGAACCUCCCUUGAUUCAUAAUAUGGUCACAUCAAGUAAAAGUUUGGACGCAUUAGAAUCUGUUCCAAUCCACAACCAUAGCGUUGGCUAUAAUAUUGUGGACAUGGACAACGAUUUGCUUCUGUCUCCAACCUCUUUAAUACUGCCAAUGGAGGAGGGAGAAAUCGAACAAAUUCCACCUCAAGAAAAUGAAGAUAGGAACAGGAACCGAGAACUGUCGGGUGCAGAGAGCGACGAGGAGGAUGUGCUUCUUUCAGAUGCCCCUUUGAUUGGGGCUCCUUAUCGGUUGAUAUCAUUUAUGGCUAAAUAUGUAAGCGGUGCUGACUUGGUUGGCAAAAGCUGAGUUAUCAUUCUUUUACACGAGAGACUAAUCAUGAAAGCUGCCCCCCACAGGUAUAGAAUCAAAAGCUUAAGAUGAUAAGCGACUUUUUCGUAACCAUAUCACAUCCGGGAUAUGAUGAAAUAGGACUACCAUUGAGUUUUUUA